GCGCCGGGAGGGUGCCAGGCGUUGGCUUUCGCUCCUAUUCCUGGCAGUUGGCUGAGAGCGACCUCUAAGUAGGUCGGUGGGCAUCUGGCUCGCGCAAAGGCCGGGCCUGGCCAGGGACGGCAGGAGAAGUUGGGUAGGCCCUGAGAACCUGAGAACGCCACGGUCAUAUGGCUGAUAAAAAGGGCAAACCCGGGGAGCCGGCAGCAGCCCCGGCACCUGGAGCGCCACCGCCUGGGCCGGACGCCGGGAAAACGCCAGACGAGCCCAAGAAAAAGUCAGAGCAGCCCAAAGAUGAAGUGGGAACGAGGAAGGGGUGUCGCCGUUACAAGUGGGAAUUCAAGGACAGCAAUAGAGAGUUCUGGAGUCUGGGGCACGCUGAGGUCAAGCUCAUUAGCUUGGCCUGCCUAAUAGGUUCGCUGAUAAUGUUCACGGGGACCACUGUGCACCCCAUCCUGACACUCAUCAUCACCAUGGAGAUGUCCAUCUUCAUCUUCUUCAUCAUUGUCUACACCUUCGCCAUCCAGAGAUACUUGCCCUUCAUCCUAUGGCCUAUUUCUGAUCUUCUCAACGACCUAUUUGCCUGUGGUUUCCUCGUGGGGGGCGCGAUCUUUGCUAUCAGAAGUCGGCAAACAGUGCCACUGAACUACGUUGCCGCUGUGGUCUUUAUAUGUGUGGCCGCCCUUUUUGCUUUAGUUGACGUUUGUCUUCAAAGGAAACACUUCAAAGGCAAGAAGAUCAAAAGGAAUGUGCUGGUUCCUCCACCAAAGGAGGCUGAAAAGCCAAAGGCUCCAGAAAAAACAGAGGAAGGAGGAAAACCGGAAGGAAAAAAACCAAAGGACCCCAAGGCAAAGGCAGAUGCCAAGGGGAAGGAGGACGCAGGCAAGGGCAAGGCGAAGGGAGGCAAGAAGUGAGGCGAUGGUGCACAGGUCACAGGCGGCCGGCAUCUCACCACAGAGUAUGCUUCUGCUGUCUGGCCUGUCUUCUCUCUAGAAUGGGCUUCUUUUCCAUUUCAACCACCAUCUCUGAUUAGAAAAGAAAUUUCUUCUUAAAUGGAUUUUGAAAACCUUAAA